GUUCGAGCUCCUAUCUAAGCUCCGUGUUAUAUAUUAUCUUACUUAUAUCUAGCCUCCGUGGAUAAAAUAAAUCCAUGCCUCAGUCAUACGCAAUAGAUCGAGUUAAGUGUUAUUAGACGUAUAUUUACACUAACAGAAAUGCUUGUAAAAGUAAAAGUUCAGUGUCACUCAUUUGCAAAGUAACAAUACGUACCAACUUGAAACUAUUGAAAAUUAUAUAAGGGCCACAAUUGAUUCAAACAAUUUUAUGAAAACGUUGUCUCAGAUACGGGAGCUUACGGUACCAACUCAUUACAUUCCAAAUAUACAGGAGAAACUAGUUUUCUAUGUAUUGCAAAAUUAUAUAAAAGUCAACCCUUUCCUGAGACAUGGACGAAAUGAAGAUGGGGUCACGGGAAGGACGUGCCAAAUUUUUACUGAAUAUGAAAAUAAGAUGCGAGCAUGAACGCGUAAAUCAAAUGAUGAUUCAGAAGUACGAAGAGGCCAGAGCUCGAAAACUUAGCUGUUCUAGAAGUCGAAAUCGAUAUCGGAGUCUCAGUUCCUUCAGGAGUAAUAAUAGAAACAGGAGAAGGUCUUUAGAGAACUCGUGCAGACAGGAAAUUCGCUGUAGUCUGCCUCAUAUUUUAGAUAAGAGUAAAAAAGUUUCAUUACUCAAAGGACUCAAAGGAGCGCGAAAGUCAAUCUCUCCAACAAAAUUGAAGGGAAUAAUUGUAACGAUUGAUCGGGAUAUCUCAACAACUAGUCCUCAGUUGGGAAGUAUUAAGCGGGACAUAGUAAACCUUGAGACUGAUGUAGUAGUUAUGCGAAGAAAGGGUGAAGGAAUAACCCCAAUAUUCGACCGCCCAGAACUCAAGACCUCUGAUAUAUUAAUAUCCAACGAUAAAAAUGACGACCGGCGAACAAUCAGACAUAGUUAUCGUUCAAACGAAAGAAGUUCCCGGGACCGCAAACGCGACGGAUCAUCUUCUAGGGGCCACAGAUCUCGUGAUCGUUCAAACGAAAGAAGUUCUCUGGACCGCAAACGCGACGGAUCAUCUUCUAGGGACCAUAGAUCUCGUUAUCGUUCAAACGAAAGAAGUUCCCGGGACCGCAAACGCGACGGAUCACCUAGGGGCCAUAGAUCUCGUGAUCGUUCAAACAAAGGAAGUGAUCGUUACGGUUUAAGUGAACGCAUUUCUGCGCAUUGGGCACCGCCACAAUUUCCUAUCAUUAUGCCUUAUAAUAGGAUACCUAUGGCGAUAAACCCGAUGAUGACUACGCAACAUCAAAAUUUUUUUGUUAGCAGAAUGAUGCCACCGAUGAUAAGUCCGAGAGGUCCAAUGCAUCCGAAUUUUCUACAAAUUCCUAAUUAUCAAGACAUUAAAGAUCUCUGAUCAACCUCGGUACUUCUCACUUUGAAUCACG